AUGCAGUCAGUCCAGGGGCUGUUGCUGGGAUUGCUGCUGGCAGUGGCGAGCACAGGCAGGACAGGGGUCUCCUGGGGACUCCUGCGACCCCUGUGCCGGCCCAUCAAUGCCACGCUGACCGCCGAGAACGAAGCCUGCCCCUUCUGCAUCGCCUUUACCACCAGCAUCUGUGCCGGCUACUGCCCCAGCAUGGUUCGGGUGCUGCCAACCGCCCUGCCACCUGUGCCACAGCCCGUGUGCACCUACCGCGAGAUGCAGAUCGGCUCCAUCCAGCUGCCCGGUUGCCCGCCCGGCGUGGACCCCACCGUGUUCUUCCCCGUGGCCCUGAGCUGCCGCUGUGGGCCCUGUCGCCUCAGCAGCUCGGACUGCGGGGGCCCCAAGGGCCACGCCCCGACCUGUGAGCGCCCCCUCCUCCCAGACCUCCUCUUCCUUUGA